GGGAUGCUCUUACCGGCGCAUCUGGAUAAACAUCUCUCCAAACAACACAUUUUUCUGCCUAAUUGGCCUGGGAGAGCAUGGCCGGCUAGGCUAACUCAACUAGCUCGUUAGCAUGCUAGCUACCGUCCGCAGCCAGCUUAUGUUGUUGUAGGCUUUUUACCGAACAGGGUAGUCUUGAGUCGGGCUGGUGUUUUUUGUAGUUUUACCUCAAAUUUUGAGUCAAUUUACGGCUCAGUCAGGUGUCCGGUGAAUACCAGCAAACUUGUGUUACUUUGUGAGAAUCGGGAGGUUGAAAUGUUGUGUUUUAACGGACAUAAUGUAACGUAAACUAUAAAACCCGGCUAGGCCUGGCUAACGCUAGCUAAGGCAGGAAUGCUAAUAAUAGCUAACCCAACUGUUAAUUUGUUUGUAAAUGUAAACACUGUAAGAAAAGAAAAACACUGGACUCACAAAAAAGUUUCUACCUCGGUCAGCUGGUCUCUCAUCGAUCUUCAAACUCGUUUGUCUGUGUAUCAGCGCGGGCUGUAACUCGGUCAGGGUCCUUGCUGCUGCCACACAUUCCCAGUUUCCCCUGAGAGAUGUCCACUCCGGACCCCCCGAUGGGAGGGACACCUCGGCCUGGACCCUCCCCAGGCCCAGGGCCAUCUCCAGGAGGCAUGAUGGGCCCAAGCCCGGGUCCCUCACCGGGCUCAGCCCACAGCAUGAUGGGGCCCAGCCCAGGACCUCCCGGAUCUGGACACCCCCACCCUCCACAGGGACCCUCAGGAUAUCCUCAGGACAACAUGCACCAGAUGCACAAACCCAUGGAAGCCAUGCAUGAGAAGGGAAUGCCUGAUGACCCUCGCUAUGGACAGAUGAAGGGCAUGGGCAUGAGACCAGGGGGGCACAGUGGUAUGGGACCCCCUCCGAGCCCCAUGGACCAACAUUCCCAAGGUUACCCCUCGCCAUUGGGUGGGUCGGAGCAUGCCCCCAGCCCUGUCCCAGCCAAUGGCCCUCCCUCUGGGCCCAUGAUGCCCGGAGGACCCUCUGGCCCUGGGGCUGGCCCUAUGGAGGGCAGUGGUGACCCUACUCAGGGCAUGGGUCAACCAAACCGUGGCGGUCCCCAGGGUCCAGGUGGACCAGGUGGCGCAGUAGCUGGACCUGGUGGUGCAGGUGGACCCACUCCUUUCAACCAGAACCAGCUGCACCAACUCAGGGCCCAGAUUAUGGCUUACAAGAUGCUGGCACGUAGUCAGCCCCUACCAGAGCACCUGCAGAUGGCUGUGCAGGGGAAGAGGCCCAUGCCAGGGAUGCAGCAGCAGCCGAUGCCUAACAUGCCGCCCUCUACAGGACCCGGAGGUGGGCCGGGGGCUGGGCCGGGACCAGCGCAGGCCAACUACAACAGACCACACGGCAUGGUAGGCCCCAACAUGGCUCCUCCUGGACCUGCAGGAGUCCCCCCAGGUAUGCAAGGCCAGCCUACCAAUGGACCCCCUAAAUCAUGGCCUGAAGGACCAAUGGUGAACGCUGCUGCUCCAUCCAACCCUCCCCAGAAGCUGAUUCCACCUCAACCCACUGGCAGACCCUCCCCUGCUCCUCCCUCCGUGCCCCCUGCUGCCUCCCCAGUAAUGCCCCCUCAGACACAGUCCCCGGGACAGCCUGCCCAGCCUCCACCCAUGAUGCUACACCAGAAGCAGAACCGCAUUACCCCCAUCCAGAAACCCCGCGGGCUGGACCCAGUGGAGAUCCUCCAGGAGAGAGAGUACAGGCUGCAGGCCCGUAUCGCUCACCGCAUCCAGGAGCUGGAGAACCUGCCUGGCUCUCUGGCCGGUGACCUGCGCACCAAGGCCACCAUCGAGCUCAAGGCCCUGAGGCUGCUCAACUUCCAGAGACAGCUGCGUCAGGAGGUGGUGGUCUGCAUGCGGCGCGACACCGCUUUGGAAACAGCCCUCAACGCUAAGGCCUACAAGCGCAGCAAGCGUCAGUCUCUACGUGAGGCCCGCAUCACAGAGAAGCUUGAGAAACAGCAGAAGAUCGAACAGGAGCGGAAACGUCGUCAGAAACACCAGGAAUACCUCAACAGCAUCCUGCAGCACGCCAAGGACUUUAAGGAGUACCACCGCUCCAUCACAGCGAAGAUCCAGAAGGCCACCAAAGCUGUCGCCACCUAUCACGCCAACACCGAGCGCGAGCAGAAGAAAGAGAAUGAGCGCAUUGAAAAGGAGAGAAUGCGGAGGCUGAUGGCUGAAGAUGAAGAAGGUUAUCGUAAACUCAUCGACCAGAAGAAAGACAAGCGUCUGGCCUACCUGCUGCAGCAGACGGACGAAUACGUGGCCAACCUCACUGAGCUGGUGCGCGCCCACAAAGCUGCACAAGCUCUCAAAGAGAAGAAAAAGAAGAAGAAAAAGAAGAAGCCAGAGACUGCAGAAGGUGGUGCUCCUGCUCUGGGACCUGAUGGAGAGCCUUUAGAUGAGACCAGUCAAAUGAGUGACCUGCCAGUGAAGGUCAUCCAUGUGGACAGCGGAAAGAUCCUGACUGGGGUUGAAGCACCUAAGGCUGGCCAGCUGGAGGCCUGGCUCGAAAUGAACCCAGGAUAUGAAGUAGCGCCACGUUCAGACAGUGAAGACAGUGGCUCAGAGGAAGAGGAGGAGGACGAGGACGAAGACGAUGAGCAUCCUCAACACUCUUCAGCUCCAUCAGAGGAGAAGAAGAAGAUUCCUGACCCUGACAGCGAAGACGUGUCUGAAGUGGACGUCCGGCACAUCAUCGAACACGCCAAGCAGGACGUAGACGAUGAGUACGGUAAUGCGAGUUUCAACCGAGGCCUGCAGUCCUACUACGCUGUGGCUCACGCUGUCACCGAGAAGGUGGACAAACAGUCCUCGCUGCUGGUCAACGGGCAGCUCAAGCAAUACCAGAUCAAAGGUCUGGAGUGGCUGGUGUCACUUUACAACAACAACUUGAAUGGUAUCCUGGCAGAUGAGAUGGGUCUAGGAAAAACCAUCCAGACCAUCGCCCUCAUCACUUACCUCAUGGAGUACAAGCGCCUCAACGGGCCCUUCCUCAUCAUCGUACCUCUCUCAACUCUAUCAAACUGGGUCUACGAGUUUGAUAAGUGGGCGCCAUCUGUCGUGAAGGUCUCCUACAAGGGGUCUCCAGCUGCUCGUCGUUCAUUCGUUCCCAUCCUGCGCAGCGGCAAGUUCAACGUGCUGCUCACCACAUACGAGUACAUUAUCAAAGAUAAACAAGUGCUUGCAAAGCUGCGUUGGAAGUACAUGAUUGUGGACGAGGGCCAUCGUAUGAAGAACCACCACUGUAAGCUGACCCAGGUCUUGAACACGCACUACUUGGCCCCACGGCGUCUGCUGCUCACAGGCACCCCGCUGCAGAACAAGCUACCUGAGCUCUGGGCCCUGCUCAACUUCCUCCUGCCCACCAUCUUCAAGAGCUGCAGCACCUUCGAACAGUGGUUCAACGCCCCCUUCGCCAUGACCGGAGAGAAGGUUGACCUGAACGAAGAAGAGACCAUCCUGAUCAUUCGACGUUUACACAAGGUGCUCCGACCUUUCUUGCUGCGCCGACUCAAGAAGGAAGUGGAGGCCCAGCUGCCCGAGAAGGUGGAGUAUGUGAUAAAGUGCGACAUGUCGGCCCUGCAGAGGGUUUUGUACAGACACAUGCAGGCCAAGGGAGUCCUGCUCACAGAUGGGUCAGAAAAAGACAAGAAGGGUAAAGGAGGCACGAAGACCCUGAUGAACACUAUCAUGCAACUGAGGAAGAUUUGCAACCACCCCUACAUGUUCCAGCACAUUGAGGAGUCGUUCUCUGAGCAUCUCGGUUAUUCUGGUGGAAUAGUGAGUGGCCCUGACCUGUACCGCUCCUCUGGGAAGUUUGAGCUGCUGGAUCGUAUCCUGCCCAAGCUGAGGGCCACCAACCACAAAGUGCUGCUCUUCUGUCAAAUGACCUCACUCAUGACCAUCAUGGAGGACUACUUCGCGUACCGCAACUUCAAGUACUUACGUCUGGAUGGAACCACCAAGGCAGAGGACCGUGGCAUGCUGCUGAAGACAUUCAAUGAUCCAGCCUCUGAGUACUUUGUGUUCCUGCUCAGUACCAGGGCAGGAGGCCUGGGCCUCAACCUGCAGUCUGCUGACACUGUCAUCAUCUUUGACAGCGACUGGAACCCACAUCAGGACUUGCAGGCCCAGGACAGAGCCCAUCGUAUCGGUCAGCAGAACGAAGUGCGCGUGCUCCGCCUGUGCACCGUCAACAGUGUGGAGGAGAAGAUCCUGGCAGCGGCCAAGUACAAACUGAACGUGGACCAGAAAGUCAUCCAGGCCGGCAUGUUCGACCAGAAGUCCUCAGGCUAUGAGCGCCGGGCCUUCUUACAGGCCAUUCUGGAGCACGAGGAGCAGGAUGAGGUCGGGGCUCGAGGAGGCUGCCGCUCUAGGGGGGCGUGGGAGGAGGACGAGGUGCCCGACGACGAGACUGUCAAUCAGAUGAUUGCCAGAAGUGAAGAGGAGUUUGAGCAGUUCAUGCGCAUGGAUCUAGACAGACGCCGCGAGGAAGCCCGCAACCCUAAGAGGAAACCUCGUCUGAUGGAGGAGGACGAUAUGCCAAGCUGGAUUUUGAAAGACGACGCUGAGGUUGAGAGGCUAACCUGCGAGGAGGAGGAGGAGAAGAUGUUUGGCAGAGGAUCCCGCCAACGGAAGGAGGUGGACUACAGCGACUCGCUCACUGAGAAACAGUGGCUGAAGGCCAUAGAAGAGGGUAACCUGGAGGACAUUGAGGAGGAAGUGCGCCACAAAAAGACCACCAGAAAGCGCAAGAGAGACCGCGACCACGACGGCGGCCCGGCCACACCCAGCUCGAGCAGUGGUCGAGGGCGAGACAAGGACGAGGAGGUGAAGAAAGCCAAGAAACGCGGCCGCCCGCCUGCUGAGAAACUCUCUCCCAACCCGCCGUCCCUCACCAAGAAGAUGAAGAAGAUCGUCGACGCCGUCAUCAAAUACAAGGACGGCAAUGGCCGACAGCUGAGUGAAGUCUUCAUCCAGCUGCCCUCUCGCAAGGAGCUGCCCGAGUACUACGAGCUCAUCCGCAAACCCGUGGACUUCAGAAAGAUCAAGGAGCGGAUCCGCAGCCAUAAGUACCGCAGCCUGAACGACCUGGAGAAGGACGUGAUGCUGCUGUGUCAAAACGCCCAGACUUUCAACCUGGAGGGGUCUCUGAUCUACGAGGACUCCAUUGUGCUGCAGUCCGUCUUCACCAGCGUGAGGCAGAAGAUCGAGAAGGACGACGAGAGCGAAGGAGAGGACAGUGAGGAAGAGGAGGAGGAGGUGGACGAAGGCUCUGAGUCUGAAUCUCGUUCGGUGAAAGUGAAGAUCAAGCUGAGCCGGAAAGAAAAGGGGGAUCGUGGAGGAAAAGGACAACGGCGGAGGGGCCGCGGCGCCCGGGCUAAACCUGUGGUGAGCGACGACGACAGUGAAGAGGAACAGGAAGAGGAGCGUUCGGCCAGUGGCAGCGAGGAGGACUGAAGUGAACCACUCCUGAUUGGACCAACGGCCCACUGAGCCCCUUACUGGACUUUAUAUAUUUUACUUAGAUACAGCAGGGAGACAGUCAGUGGAAAAGGCCUAGUUUUACCUAGAUGAGCUGAUUUUUAGUGAGACAAUUGUAUUCUCAUUAAAGUUAUACCAUUAAUUAAAAACCAAUAAAAAAAAAAAAAACUAAAAUAUUAAAGAUAUGAACCAUCCACUUCCAUAUUUAAACCAUUUCUCCCAGUAUGAGUAGUAGUGUCUCUUUGCCUUUUUGAUUUCUCCUGUAAGUGGAAAAUUGACAGAGUCUGAAUUAUAGACUGAUCGUGGGCCAUUAAGACAGCAAACUGUUUUUUUUUUUUUUUUGUUUGUUUUUUUUUUAAAAUGGUAUUAAUUUUGUCGUCUUUUACUUUGAGACAAAACGUACAUGUGAACCAGGAGUCACUGCCCCACCCCCCCACCCCACCCCCCACCCCACCCCACCCUCACAAAGUCCCUUUUUUUUGAAUGCAUGUCGUGCGUGUCUGUGGAAAUGCACCUGGAUGUGUCUUCGCUAUUAUCUCUGUGUUUAAUUUAAGACUACAAGCGGGAUCACGGUACAUCCCACCCUGCAGCCCCUCCCCCUCAGGUUGUGUAUGUAAAAGGGGGAGGGAAGGAUAGGACCAUUUUCUCGUGUCGGUGUCACUGGAUUCCAAAAAGUACAAUAAAGGCAUCUCAUAAUUAA